AUGUUUAAAAUUACAUAGACUCAAAUUUUGGAAUGGGUUAAAGAUGGUAACACUGAAACAUUACGUAUAUUUUUUGAAUCAAGUCUUCAAUAAAAUUAGGAUGGAUUGAAUUCAUUUUUCAAAAUGAUUGACAAAGAAAAACGAAAUGUAGUACAUUGGGCUGCAUAUUUGGGUUAAUUUGGUUUGCUAGAAAAAUGGCUUACAUCUUAUUCAUAAUUUAUUGACUUAAAUCAAGUUGAUCUUCAUCAUUACACAGCAGUCGAACUAGCUAGUAUAAAAGGGUAAGUAAUAUUAUAUCUAAUUAAAGUUUUAUGAAGGAAUAUAAUUCUUAAGUUUAGUUUGCAUUAAUUAAGUUGCUUUUAGAUCAUCAUGCAAAAAUGCCCACAGAUAACAAAUAUAAAAGAGCCAAUCCAUUACAUUGGGCAUAUUAUUAUGGCAACUCAGAUCUAAUUGAUUUUCUUUUGUCUAAUUAUACAGAUCUAUAAUAUCAGUUAGACUAAUUUGAUAUGUAUCCUAUAGAUUACUUGUUUUUAGAAAAUAGACCAGAAGAAUAUCAGUAAUUGCAAUUCAAAAUUAUUAUAGGAAAAAAUAUAAAGCCAUUUUUGCUAAGACUGUCUAAGAAUAUGCGUUUAAAAAAGAUGGUCAUCAAUUCAAAUUUCUUAGGAAUCUCAAUACUCAAAGAACUAUUGCAAUAAUAUCUAUAUCUUAGAAAUCAAAUAAUUUGGAUAAUCCAAUUAUGAUUAAUGAUCAAAAUUAACCCAAAUUAAAAGAGCCAGCAAAUGAAUUAGAUAGUAUAGAUUAAGAAAAAAUUAAUUAACAUCUUCAAUGUGGAUAAACAACUAUGACAUUAAUGUCAAAAAUAUAAUAAACUGGUAUUAAUAAUUAGAAGAGAGAUUCAAUUAGUUCUAGAAUUAGUUAAUAGUUUAAAUUAAUUUAAGAGAGAAUGAAGAAAUUACCUAAUAAGAAUGUGUAAAAUGAACUCCCUUUUGAAGAUUCUUAAUAAGAUUUUCAUGAGCCAGAUGCAGAAAAGAUUCCAUCUUUGAAAAUUAUUUAACCAACUAAUACUAUAUUUUCAGAGCCUCAUUUUAACAUUAAAGAAAAGAUUGAAAAUCAAAUUGUUUUUUAAAAUGAUUUAGAAAGUGAUAGAAAUUAAUAAAAAGUCUUUUUAUAAUAAGAUGAUGAAUUUGGUAGAUUAUUUAAAUGUAUAAACAUACCAUCAAGAUCUGAAUAAUCAAAAUAUAUGGCUUCACAAUAUUAAUAAUCAUAAGCACCUUCUUAAUUUGGUAGAUAACUAUCAUAAGAAAUUUAAUUAUCUUAAGAAGAUUUUAGACCUUCAAUAAAAGACUUUUCAAGAUUAAAAUCAAUGAGACCUUCAUUAAAAAAACCUGGAUAAAAGUUGAUUACAAGAAAAAGUACAACUUUUAAUGAAACUUAUACUAUAUAUCAUUAUGCAAAAAGUUAAACAAAGAAUUAAUUAUUUGAAUGUAGAUUAUAAUUUUGGUCAGCAAGAAUUGAAUCAACAGAAUUUUUUGUUUAUUUUUUAAAGUAAAAAUGCAAUCCAUUUUUAAUUUAAUAUUAAGGAUUCAAUUGUCUACAUAUUGCAGCUAAUAAAGGAAAAUAUCAAAUUCUGAAACAUAUUUUAGAAAGUGAAUAUGAGUAUUAAGAAUUAAAAGAUCUAUUAAAAUUACAUAGGUCAAUAACUUAAGGAUAAUUUAGUAAGACAUAUGUUAAGAAAGAUAUUUUUAAUAAAGUAUUAAUAUAAUAAUUAUUAUUAGGUUGAAGCUUUUAAUAUAAUGACAGAUUAGAAUCCUUCUAAUGCAUUGCAUUUAGCAAUAGAAAUUAAUAAUUUUGAAUGCAUGAAAAUAUUAGUAGAACAUGGUGUUUCAAUGGAUGUUUUAAAUCAUAGAUGUUUAAUGCCUAUAGAAUUAACAUUUGAUGAAAAAAUGGUAAAAUACUAUGAACUUCACUAUCUUAAAGGAAAAGAACAGAGUUUUAAUUUUAUGGGAUAUAUGUAUGUUAUUUAAACAUCUGGAAGUUAAGAUCUAUGCUAAGAUAUUGUUUUAUUAUAAUUAUAAAAUAUCAAACAAUCAUUCUAAUAACGAAAUAUGGAAUUUGAAUUUCUUAUUAUAAAUACUCCUAAUUAUAAUUAUAUAAAAAAUGGAAGAGAACAUUGUGUGAAACAUCAUUAUUAUGUAAUUAAAUUAUCAGCAGAUACAAUAUAUAAAUUAGCAGAUAUCUAUUAGAUUGAAUGUUAUCAUUUUACAAAAAAGGUAAUAUUUAAUUGAAUUAAUAUAGCAUUUGACUAAAUUUAAAUAUAGAGAUUAUGGUCAUUUUGAAUUUCCUAAGCCAUUAUAAAUAUAAUAACUUAUAAUUAAUGUUUUAAAUGAAGAAUUUGAUUUAGAUAAGUUUGUUUUAGAAGGAUUAGUAAUAUCACAUUUUCCUUUAGAAGAUAGUUCUAAAUCAUAAAAAGUAAAUGUUUUAUGGAAAGAACUUCAAUAUAAUUGUAUAAGAGAUACUAUUAGAAUAUAGACUCAUUAGAUUGCCUUAAGACCAUUAAAUUCAAUAGCAUCAUAUUAUGGACCUGUAAUUGCAUGGUACAUAGCUUUUAAUGUUUAAAUAGUAGGUUGGCUAAUAUUACCAGCUUUGGUAGGAUCAGCUAUUUAAUUAUAUUAAUUAAUUGCUGACAAAAUACAGUAAAAUAUAUAUAUCUCAAUAUUAAAGUGCUUCAAUUUUACCAUCAUAUGCUUUGUUUAUGUCACUUUGGGCUACAUUAUUUAUGGAGAAAUGGAAAAACAGAGAAUCUGAACUCAAAUAUAUUUGGGAUAUGCAUAAAUUUAAACAACAAGAACCUUAAAGAGUAAUGUAUACAGGACUUUAUACAGUUGAACCAUGUAAAAAUAAAGUUGAAGUUUAUGAUUCUUUUACUACUUUUAAGAGAAGAUUGAUUGCUGAAUUUUCAGUAAUAAUGUUAGGAUUUUCAAUUAUAUUAGUGAAUUUUCUUGCAUUUAAUUAAUGGUAAGGUUAAUAAGAUCCUUAAAGUGUGUAUAUGCCUAUAAUUAUAAAUUCAUUAAAUGGAGUUAGUAUGACUGUUUUAUGUGAUUUAUAUAAAAGACUUUGUAAAUUUGUAGUAAAUUGGGAGAACCAUAGAUUUAAUUCUGAAAUGUAGCAUUCUUAUGUAUUAAAAGUGUUUUUAUUUGAAUUUUUAAUAUCUUACAUAUCAGUUGUUUAUGCUGUUUUAUUUAAAACAGAUUAAACAUAAUUAACAUUAUCUGUGGCAAGUAUCAUUAUAACAAGAGGUUUGAUUUCUAAUUUAUAAAGUAAUUGUCUACCAUAUUUAUUAUAUAAAUAUUUAAAAUGGGGAUUAAAAGAUAAAUUUUAAACAUUUAAAGCUUUUAAGGAAUAAUUUAAGAUUUGUGAUAUGUAAUAUGUGAAUGAGAAAUUGAAAUAAGCUUAAUAGAUUGAAUUUAUGAAAUUGAUGGAAGAUAGUAAUAAUAAAUAGCCAUAAAAAGAAUUAUAUGAGGAAUAUACUAAUAUUGCUAUUCAAUUUGGAUAUACAACUAUGUUUUCACCUGCAUUUGCUACUGCCCCAUUAUUUUUCUUAUUGAAUCAAUUUAUCAAUUUGCAAUUCUCAAUUUCAAAUUAUUAAAGUGUACUAAGGAGAGAAGUAAGAUUUUUAAAUACUAAAGAGAGCGUAAGCUGCUGACUCAAUUGGCAUUUGGUUAUCCAUAUUUGAAUUAAUGAAUUAUUGUUCCACAUUUAUGAAUUGUCUUGUUAUAGGUAUAGUGAAUAAGGCAGAAUUUGAAGGAUUAAUAGGAGAUAGUAAUCCUUUGAUCUAAGUAUUAGUAUUGGCAGCUAUAGAACAUAUAUUAUUAUUAAUAAAAUAUUUAUUAGGAAUAAUGAUUCCAGAUUGUCCUUAUUGGGUUUCAAAGGAGUUAAGAAAGUAUGCAUAUUUUGAAGGAUAAAGUGCUAAAAUUCAUGAUGAUAGCGAGAUUAUUUUUUGA